GCCAAACGCGUGCACUGCUCUUCUACGCGUACUGAGAUCAUCAAAGAUGUUAUUGGAAUUUGUGGCCCUGUUGGGGAUUGCCUUUGCGUUGUUUUACCGCUGGGCAACGGCAAACAAUGAGUUCUUCAAGGAGAAGGGUAUUCCCUUUGCUAAGCCUAAGCUCUAUUUCGGCAACAUGGCCCAAAUGUUUCUGCGACAAAAGGCUAUGUUUGAUAUCGUCUGCGAUUUGUACAACAAAGGCGGCAGUAACAAAGUUUAUGGUAUCUUCGAGCAGCGCCAACCACUGAUGAUGAUCCGCGACCCAGAUCUUUUAAGACAGAUAACCAUUAAGGACUUCGAUCAUUUCAUAAAUCAUCGCAACCUUUUCGGCACCGGCACUGACGAUGAUCCACAUGAUAUGAGCAAUCUUUUCGGCAGCUCGCUCUUCUCCAUGCGUGAUGCACGUUGGAAGGACAUGCGGAGCACUCUCAGUCCCGCCUUCACGGGCUUGAAAAUGCGUCAAAUGUUUCAGCUUAUGAAUCAGGUGGCGAAGGAGGCCGUUGAUUGUCUGAAGCCCGAUCAGCAAGGAUCCGUUCAGGGAACGGAGCUGGACAUGAAGGAUUACUGCACACGCUUCACCAACGACGUGAUUGCCUCCACGGCCUUUGGCCUGCAGGUUAAUUCGUUCAAGGAGCGCGAUAACGACUUCUAUUCGAUGGGCAAGAAAUUGACCACAUUCGGUUUUCUGCAGAACAUAAAGUUUAUGUUAUUCUUUGCACUAAAGUCGCUCCAUAAGUAUAUCAAGGUCGAUCUCUUUGACAAGAAGAGCACCGAGUACUUUGUGCGUUUGGUUCUUGAUGCAAUGAAGUACCGUCAGGAGCACAACAUCAUCCGUCCAGACAUGAUCAACAUGCUAAUGGAAGCCCGCGGCCUGUUCCAGACUGAGAAGACCAAGACAACAGUGAUCCGUGAAUGGAGCGACCGCGAUAUUGUGGCUCAGUGCUUUGUGUUUUUCUUUGCCGGCUUUGAGACGUCCGCGGUUCUUAUGUGCUUCACGGCUCAAGAGCUGAUGGAGAACGAAGAUGUCCAGCAGAAGCUCUACGAGGAGGUGCAGCAGGUGGACAUCGACUUGGAUGGCAAAGAACUGAGUUACGAGGCCAUCAUGGGCAUGAAGUAUCUAGAUCAGGUUGUCUCGGAGGUAUUGCGCAAGUGGCCGCCAGCCAUAGCCAUAGAUCGAGAGUGCAACAAGGAUAUUACGUAUGAGUUAGAUGGCCAAACCAUAGAAAUCAAAAAGGGUGACUAUAUCUGGUUGCCCACAUGCGGCUUCCAUCGUGACCCCAAAUACUUUGAGAACCCCAACAAAUUCGAUCCAGAGCGUUUCAGCGAAGAGAACAAGGCCAACAUUCAACCCUUCACAUACUAUCCGUUUGGCCUUGGUCAACGCAACUGCAUUGGUUCCCGCUUUGCACUCCUUGAGGCCAAGGCUGUCAUCUACUAUCUGUUGAAGGACUACCGCUUCGCUCCUGCCAAGAAAUCCUGCAUUCCCAUGGAGCUAGCCAGCAACGGGUUUCAGUUGACGCCCAAAUCAGGAUUUUGGGUUAAGCUUGUUCCGCGCAAUUAAAUUCAUUGUGAAUGCUUUUUAUACUUUAUAAAUAUAUUGUCUAAAAGUAUGCAA